AUGCAGUACAAGUCAUUCAUUUGGACUGCUCUGCAAGUGACGCUGCAGCUCAGCUCACUAGCAGAUGCUACAGGUCCAGAAAGCCGCGUGGAAAGAUGCCUGAAGUCUCAUUCGGAUCAUGGCCUUUCCGCAGGCGCACACGCCAGCAGGAACGUCUACAAGACGGAUUUUGAUGGUGUCACCUGGGACGACGACAAUUGGCUCCUGACCACCACUACCUUAGAGCAAGGUCGUUUCCAGUCCCGAGGCUCUGUAGCCAAUGGUUACUUUGGUAUUAACGUGGCCAGCGUUGGUCCAUUUUUUGAAAUGGACAAUGCGACCAUGGGCGGCGACGAGAUCAACGGCUGGCCGCUCUUUUCACGCCGUCAAUCUUUUGCGACGAUCAGCGGAUUCUGGGACUCUCAGCCUACCACGAAUGGUUCCAACUUCCCAUGGCUCUACCAGUAUGGUGGUGACAGUGUCAUCAGCGGUAUUCCCCAUUGGAGUGGUAUUAUCCUUGAGCUCGAUGAUGAGACCUACUUGGAUGCCGGCGUGGACAACUCGACCAUUUCCAAUUUCACCUCGACUUAUGACUUCCAGGCUGGUGUUCUGUCUUGGGCUUACCAGUGGACGCCAAAUGACAAGUACGGGUCCUUCGACAUCAGCUACCGUCUCUUUGUGAACAAGUUGUACGUCAACCAGGCCGUUGUGGAUAUGACCAUCGUCGCUUCCCAGGACAGUAAUGGAACCAUUGCCAAUGUCCUCGAUGGAUACUCUGCGGUCCGCACGGACUUUGUGGAGUCUGGUGAAGAUGACGGUGCUAUUUACUCCGCAGUGCGUCCCAACGGAAUCGCCAAUGUGACUGCCUACGUUUACGCCAACAUGACUGGCAGUUCCUCCGCUGUGGAUCUGUCGUCCCGCAAGCUCGUCGAGAGUAAGCCGUACGUUAGCGGCAAUUCUUCUUCUGUGGUGCAGACUGCCUCAAUCUCAUUCAAGAAGGGCAAGAAGGUUCAAGUCACCAAAUUCGUCGGUGCAGCCUCCACAGAUGCCUUUGCGGACCCUCAAGCUGUUGCCAAAGAGGCAGCUAGGACAGCGGCCAAGAACGGAUAUGCCAAGUCCCUUCGCGCCCAUGUUGAAGAGUGGGCGAGUGUUAUGCCGGUGGACUCUGUUGACCGGUACGCUUACCCCAACGGGACUUUACCUAACGACAACUACAUUAUCGACUCUGCUGUCAUCGCCGUCGCGAAUACCUACUAUCUACUUCAGAACACCGUCGGCAAGGACGCUAUGAAGAUGUCCAAUAGCACAAGUCUGAAUCGCGACAGCAUUGCCGUCGGAGGAUUGACCUCGGAUUCGUACGCUGGACAGGUGUUCUGGGACGCCGAUGUAUGGAUGCAGCCGGGUCUGGUUGCCUCUCACCCCGAGGCUGCCCAACGCAUCACCAACUAUCGCGUGGAUCUGUAUCCACAGGCAAAAGAAAACAUCAAGACCAAGUACUCUGGAUCAAAGAACAGCACCUAUUUUGACCCUGAUGCCGCUAUUUACUCCUGGACCAGUGGACGGUACGGUAAUUGCACAGCCACCGGCCCCUGCUGGGAUUAUGAGUACCACCUGAAUGGUGACAUCGGUUUGGCUAUCAUCAAUGAGUGGGUAGCCAGCGGUGACGAUGAGACUUUCAAGAGCACACUGUUCCCGAUUUACAACUCGGUCGCCACUGUCUACUCUAAUCUCGUGGAACGAAAUGGAUCUCACUGGACAUUGACCAAUAUGACUGAUCCGGACGAGUACGCGAACCACGUUGAUGCUGGCGGCUUCACCAUGCCGCUCAUUGCACAGACUCUUACCAAUGCCAACAAAUUCCGCAAGGACUUUGGCUUGGAAGUAAACUCCACCUGGAAUGAAAUGGCAGAGAACGUCCUUGUUCUUCGUGAAAACGGGGUGACCUUGGAAUUUACCACUAUGAACGGCAGCGCUGUCGUCAAGCAGGCAGAUGUUGUCUUGAAUACCUAUCCUUUGGACUACUCUGCCAACUACACUCAGCAGGAUUCUCUAAAUGACCUGGACUACUACGCCAACAAACAGUCUCCCGACGGACCGGCCAUGACCUGGGCCAUCUUCUCUGCUGUUGCCAACGAGAUGUCUCCUUCAGGCUGCUCCGCUUACAUCUACGCGCAAAACGCCUACAAGCCCUAUGCUCGAGCACCGUUCUACCAGAUGUCCGAACAACAGAUUGACAACGCCACCACCAACGGUGGUACCCAUCCGGCGUUCCCAUUCUUGACUGGCCACGGCGGUUCCAACCAGGUAGUCCUCUUCGGCUAUCUUGGUCUUCGUUACAUCGCCGACGAUAUCCUCCACGUGGAUCCCAAUCUACCACCGCAGAUUCCAUACCUGAAGUAUCGCACCUUCUACUGGCGCGGCUGGCCCAUCUCUGCCUGGUCCAACAACACCCACACCGUGAUCAGCCGAGCCGACAGUAAGCCCCUGGAAACGGCAGACCAGCGUUUUGCCAACCGAUCCAUCACUAUCCACUCCGGUUCCAACUCAAACUACACCUCCUACACGCUCCCCAACAAGGGUGGCUCCGUCGCCAUCCCCAACCGCCGAAUUGGAGCUAUCAACACCAUUCCAGGUAACUUGAUCCAAUGCCAGCCUGUUCAAUCAAACAAUACCUUCGAACCAGGCCAAUUCCCCAUCGCCAUCAACGACGGCGCCACCUCCACCAAAUGGCAACCCAGCCACGCCGCCAAUCUCAGCGCCGUAACCAUUUCCCUCGAAGAAGAACUCGGCCAAAUGGUCACAGGCUUCCACUUCGACUGGGCUCAAGCACCCCCCAUCAACGCCACAAUCAUCUUCCACAAUAAAUCUCUCGACAACCCCGCCCAAACCUUCACCUCAUCUUCAAACCACCAUCAAUCAGGAAAUACCACCAGCGAUGCUUACCAGAUCAUCAGCACCCUAACUAACAUCGUCCUAUCAAAACCCUACCAACCCAACGUCACCGAUCUCGACGAAAUCAUGAUCCCAAUCGGAAACACCACAAACGUCACUCUUGCCUCUGCAGUCCCCGUCGCGCGAUACGCCUCGCUCUUGAUCGUGGGCAAUCAAGCCCUGGAUGAAGUAGACGUCAAGGCGAAGAAUGGUACCGGCGCGACGGUAGCCGAGUGGGCUAUUAUUGGUCAGGCGCAGCAGCAGAAUGGAAGUAGUGUGCGCUGGAGAAGCGAAACGCGAAUGCUGGAGACUCGGGCGGCGGCGAGAUUGGCACGUGCGCAGGCUAGAGGACGUCGAUGGAGAGGAGUGUGA